CAAAUCAAAUCAAAAUAGAGAAAGAAGUGAUUUUUGAUUAAUUAUUGUAAUAUUUCAGUUCUUUAAAUUAUUUUUGUUAUUAAAAUAAUAAAUACGAAAUAAUAAGAAACAGAGCAUGAUUAUCACCGCAGACAUGUCCGCAAAGGAAAUCGUGAACGACUUAAAAGAAAAUUACGCUAAAGUACGCAAAUUACUGGACGAGGACAGUAAAAAUGAUCCUGAAAACGAGCCUUAUUUAUCGAAAUACAAAGCCAAGGACAUUUUGAAUAAUAUGCGCGAUGUGUUAUACAAUAUAUCGGAAUCAGAAUCUGGAUUAACUACGAUACAAGUGAAUGCUUUGAAAGGUGCUGUGCUCCUAUGUAUAGGUAAUGUUGAUAUGGAAACCGAGGACCUAACCGCAUGUGAGAAAGCAUUAAAAGAGGCGGAAGAUAUUCUCCUCCCAAGCGCUUUAGAACCAGAAGUAAUUAUAUUACUUGUUAAUGUUCAAAACAACCUCGGCUUACUGUGGUCCUUCAGAGAUGAGCCGGAGAAAGCAAAGUAUUAUUUACUAUCCUCGAAAAAAAUUUGCGAGGAUUUUAAAGCCACAUUACGAAUGCCUGUGCCUAUAGAAUCUAUUUUGAGUAUUACAACACCAAGUGAGGAUUCAGUAGUAACAGAUUUCUUGGUUCUAGAAAAAGCUCACACUUUAACAUUGUACUAUUUAGCUCAAGUUUAUGGAAGUUUAAAGGAGAAUUUGAAGUCCGCUAUAUACUGCCAUGUUACUUUAAGGAGGCAGUUAAUGUAUAAAGACUAUGAGCCGAUUGAGUGGUCGUUAAAUUGUGCAACAUUAUCACAAGUUUUUGUAGAACAGAAUGGUUUUUAUCAGUCCAGAUACCACCUUGCAGCUGCAUCAACUAUUUUAGAUCAGUACGAGACUGAAUUGUUGGCGUCAGAAAAUGACAGUGAGGUGUAUUUGGCUAAGAAAGAGACUUUUAAACACAGGUCAGCUGAUGUAGCUCGAUGCUGGGUCAAAUACUGUAUAUGUCUCAUGUCAGCCUCAAAGGACAGACUAAUGAGUGAUGCAGACAAUGUUGUGGAUGCAAUAACAGACAUGUCCAAUUUGACUUUAGAAGAUGAUGAAAACAUCUGUGGAGGUGAUGUCAAACAACUAGUGUUCCCAGACCUUGAUGUUUCCAAAUAUGAGGAGAAAGUUGGAGACAAAUUUUUGUUAACAUACGAAGAUGCCAGAGAAGUGUUUAUCUGCUUUCAGGGAUGGUUGAAUAAAGCCAAAGAUUAUUAUAGAGCUGAUACGUUGGCUUCUGAUCAUAUUGAACUAAUACAAGACUGUUCACAGGCUUAUGCGUACCUAGCUUUCUUUGAAGAAGAUGAUGAAAGGAGAGCCAAAAUGUACAAGAGAAGAGUUGAUAUGCUCGAGGAUUUGCUCAAAGAAGUAAACCCUACAUAUUACCUACAGUAUUGCAGACAACUUUGGUACGAACUCGGUGAAGUCUACUCAGAAAUAUUGAACAUUAAAUUAGAAAAACUGAACACAUCCAAAGAGAAGCCUACACCACAUUUACUAAAAAAAAUUAAUAUGCUAUGCGAGAAGAGUAUUGAAAAUUAUGGUAAAUUUUUGGAUUCGGUCAAAGAUAAAAAAGGAUUGUUACCAACUAAACUACAGAGUGAUGAAAUAAGGCCAGUCAUCAGUGCUUAUGUCUAUAUUGGAAGGAACAACAUGAAAAGGAUUGCUGUUGAUAAAAAUGUAUAUUUGAGUCACAUCAAGAAAAGUUAUGAUUCAUAUCAGGCGGUGGUUGACAUCUGCAAGAAUGAUCCGGACGCAGCCAAAAUGAUGAAAGAGGAAUAUGCACUGUGUCAGGAGAUGGUUAAUAUUCUUCCAUUGAAAAUUAACAAGGUGGAAAAUGAACUUCAAGCUUUGAAAUUAUAAAAAAAAACUUAUUGGCGAUUGUUACUGCAUCAGAUUUUUUUUGAGUAUCACAUUUUAUCCUAAAAGUCACAUGGUAAUUUGUAAUUUAUUUACGAUUGAUGAUUGAUGUAUCUUAGGCCAAGACGGCCUACUAAGUAAUGCAACAGUUUUUGCACAAUGUAAACACAAGUUAACAUAUUCUUAAGUUUUGUAUAGUAAAAACUUGGGUUUUUAGACUUGGUCUUAGAUACAUCAGAAUUUAUUGUUUAAGUUUUUUGUGACUGGUAAUUAUUAUUGGCACUAAGCCAUUCUUGAGGGUACCAUUAGAAGCCAUUAACCUGUCUACUAGAAUUUAAUUGCUACAUGCAGCAGCUGUUUAAAAAAAAUACCAUUACAGAUUACCUUUUUCAAAGGGUUGUGUUAUUGGCAGGAUACAUCCAAUUAGGUGAUUAUCUUAAUGGGUACAAAUACCUACCAACUCGGAUUUUGCCGCAUUUUGCUACUUUGUGCUAUUAAAAAAUAUAGAGUAGCUAUAUCCAAUUAAUAAAAAUAAAGCUAUAAAUAUUUUUACUUACCUAGUCAUGAAGGUGAUUAAUAAAUGUUAAUAACAAAGUAUUUAUGUCCCUAAAGCUAUAGUUGGUUUUUUAAUCAAACAAAAUAUAGACUGCUAUUUCUAUAUUUUGACAUAAUAUGAUACAAAUUACUUGAAUAACAGUCAUGUGAUUACAAAAAAUUAUGUUAGCAAUUAAUAAAAUAUUUAAUAAAUUAAUCAUCUAUAUGUACAAUACAGUAAUUGUAUUUAAUUGAUCUAAAAAUACACUGUCAUAUUUAUUUCGCCUAAACCUAAAAAAAUAAAAAUAUUCGGCCGUGUGAUUUUACUGUUCAACAUAGCAUUUUAGUUAUGCAAUUCACGAUUUAAUUUUAAAUUUUUACUAUGAAGGUACUUUAAAAAUGUAUUAGCCACAUUAAAGGUCAUAGCACACAUAGCAACUCUGAAAAGGAUCGUCGCCGUAUCAACUCGAGCCGUCCAGUAUUCGUUGCAUGAAACUCCCUGCAACGCACACUGAUCGGAAUUAUAGCGUAAUUGCCUCGUCUCGGGGACAAGCUCACGAACCGCGGUGUGCGUCGCCGUCGUCGUCAACUUGCAGUCCCCGCGCCGGCACGGCUCGUCUUCCCCGCGCUUCUCGCCAUACGUCUCUUUGUCCCUGCUUGCCUGUGCUCAGCUCCGGUACGUCGACUAAGGGCCGGCGCACAUAUGGCGGAGCGCAGUGCAGAACAUGCCCGUGAAGUUUUCUAAUCGCGGACACACGCGAAUUUCUACCAGAAAAUGCGCGAGCACGCGCGGGACUGCGCGCGGAUGCGCGAAUAUCCGCACAGAUGCACAAUUGAUUAUGGAUUUUAUUUCAAUGAGGACAAGGUCGAUAAUAUUUUGACUGAAAAAUGCUCUGCCAUAUGUGCGCCGGCCCUUAGUCGACGUACCGGAGCUGAGCUGUUGUCCGCUUUUACAUUAAGUUGACGCCUUGUUGACGACGAGGUAAAAGACUAUAUUAUGGUGACUAUCCCUUUCCCGAGUUGAUAUGUGUGCUGUCACCUUAAACAUGACUGAAACACUGUUCCAAGAAACCUUGUGCUACAUUAUGUAAUUAGUUCUUAUAGUAAAAAUUAAACGCUUAGUUACCUCCAGGGCAAUAUUAGGACUAUUAAUCACUGUGCUUUUUAUCAAAUUUUACAUCUUACCCAACUUUAUUGAUUAUUAUUGAUUAAGAUAUCGUAACGUCAGAGUAAAAUGGAUCUAAAUUUUCUUGAUUUAAAGUUAAAAAUUCAGUAUCACCGAUUUUAAUUUUAUAACGUUUCCGCUUGGAGCGCUGCCAGUAAAUGUGUAGACCAAGUUGAGCUUUAAAACUUGGGCUUUUGGUUCUACUUUACUUUACUGAAGUGUAUCGACGCUCGAAUUCGGUGUGAUGUAAAAUCUCAUACUAAGCACAUGUCAUGUUAAAAAUUGCUUAGGUACAUUAUUUUUUAUUGUAAGGAAAUGUACAUUAGUUAUUGUUAGCUACCAAUAUGUCUUUGGCAAUCUAAAUAAUAUAUCUAAUUAUUAUCUGCACC